CACCAACUCCAACCGGCACAUCUUCACUGGGGACACCAGCAUCAUUUGUCAGACCAUCAUAUGGCACUCUAACACAGGCGCCUUCCGUCACGUCAUCUUUGAAACCUCGGUCAGUCGUUUCGUUAUCCCUGCGUGAAUCAACUACAGCCGGUGCACCGCAACUGAACACUGUGCGACUCGCCACCUCCCGGUUUACAGCGGCAAUGCAGACAAUGACGCUGCUCAUAACUCCUUCGGUGGUGCGAUCCAUGUCACCAGUGACAGCAACCGUCAUCCCUAACGUAACAGCAACGGCAACACCACACACUCUUCAGAUACCAGUUCUCCAGGCACAGUCGUUUGACGUCAUUUCUCGGAGCAGUGACGUGUUUAGUCCGGUAGAGGGCGCUACAAUCGUUUUCAACUACGUCAUACGGAACACCGGUCCCACCGAUCUCCCUCCCAACAGCGGCAGAAACCUACAAAUAAAGGUGUACCUUACCGACAGUGCACAGUUGGACGGCGCCACAGUCGUGUCGAGACCCGCAGGCGCCACAGGAAGGCCCCUGCACACCGCCCGGAUCAGACACGGCAUACAGAGGGGCGAGGCCGUUGAGCUGUUGGACGUUUCCGCACAGGUGUCUGUUCCCCAGGCUAACUGCAGUUCCUAUACCCACCUCUGUGUGGCGUUUCAGAUACACGGAACGGACGUGAACCAGACAAAGGCAGGCGUCUGCAAACCGCUGCGUAGAGGACAAGGCGGAGUUGGGGCACUGGAUUGUAGCAAAGUGAUAGGAGAGUGCAGCGCCACCUGUGAUGCAAAUGCGAACUGCAUUCAGGCUAACGGCAAAUCCAGCUGCGUCUGCGUAGCAGGGUUUACCGGGGAUGGUCACGUGUGCUGGGGUGAGUGUCUAACUUUCUAG